AUGUCUUCACCGUGUGCGAUCAACACAUGCAAACGCAGAUCACGAGCAUUAUGUCAUUGUUGCAGCAAGAAUCUUUGUCUUGAUCAUUUGAAAGAACAUAAUGAUUUAAUUCAUUCUCAACUAAAUCCUCUUGUUGAUGAAAUUAAUACUCUGCAUAAUCAGAUGUCGGCAUCAAAUGUUGAUGAAAUUAUUGAUAAAUGUCGUCAAAAAUUGGAUAAAUGGCGUCAUGAUUGUUAUGCUCAAAUUGAUCAUAUUUAUGAAGAAAAAUGUCAUGAACUUCAACAACGUUGUAUUCAACAAACUGGUCAAAAACGAAAAAAAAUUCAUCAAUUGAAAUUAAAAAUCAAUGAACUUAUUCAACAACAAGAAGCUAUAUAUACUGAUAUUUUUUCAUUGAAAGCAACUAUUAAUGAUAUAAAACGUGAUGUUAACCAAUUUGAAGAGAAUGGCAUUUUAGUUGAUGUUCAUCCUUUAAUUAUUGAUCAAAAUUUAAUUUAUAUUGAAGAAUCGACAUCAAAUGAAAUUAAUAUAUCAACUCUUUCAUCUGCUUAUCGAUCAAUCGAUUGUUUCCAUGAUGAUUGGCCUGCACUAGUUAGCAACAAUCAAUUUUUAUUAUUAGAUCAACAUCCAAAUUUAUGUUUGUUUAAUAAAGAAUUAACUCUUUUAAAACAAAUUCCAUGGGAAUAUGAUCGUAUUUCUGAUAUGUGCUGGUCAUCGAUAUUAAAUAAUUUUAUUAUCAUAACAAAAAACAAUGAAGUUUUUCUAAUUAAUGAAAAUCUAAUAUCCAUUGAACGUAUUCAAACAAUUAAGAAGGAACAAUGGCUAUCUUGUACAUGCUCAGAUGCAUCUCUAUUUAUAAGCACGAAAGAUUAUGGUUCUGGUAUUUUUCAAUUCAAUCUUUUAUCAUCGUUUGAUUUUAUUAAACAAUGGAAACCUCCUCAAACUUGUACCUACAGCGAACUUAUCCAUAAUAUUGCUUGUAAUAAUGAAACACUUGCUUUAACAAUAUCACAUAAAUAUGAGAAUUUAAAUCGCAUAGAACUUCGAUCUUCAUUAACGUUUGAAAAACUUUGGUCACUCAAAUUUAAUUCAACGUACAUUGUUGGGCAACGGUCAUAUCGUGUUUGUUUACUGAGAAAUGACGAAUGGCUUGCAAUCGAUCAUAAUAUGUCAUGUCUUUUACAUAUUAGUAAAGAUGGAAAAUUAAAGGCAACGCGUUCAAACAUGUUGGGAGCUCAAAAUGCUGUUUUAUUUGGUUCAAACAUAUUGACUAUUAGGACAAAAAACCAUCUAAGUUGUUAUAGAGUAUAG